AGGUGUCCCCUUCCUCAAAUACCUAAAAUGUCAGAGGGUCUCGUGGAUGAUGACCACUCCAGGACAGUCUCAGGUUUCUGACCAAGGGGCCCAGGUAAAUUUAGUAAGUCGCUGUCCACUUCAGACGGCAGUCAGACACUUGACAUGUUCACAGAGUGAAGACGCUAUAGACUGGACCGGACUUGUUGGCGUUUCACACAUCUGUUUAGAAGGUAGCACAGAUCAGAGACCUGCAGCUGGGAUCAUCAACCACGUUAUGGAAUCAUGAUAUCGGCAGAGGAUGACGAAGAGUUUGAUGAGGCUGUUGAGCGCUAUGUCCACGAAACCAGCUGGAACUGGACCCGUCAGACCAUGAACUACGUGGGCCAGUUGGCGGGCCAGGUGUUCAUCCAGGUCAAAGAGCUGUACCGAGGCCUCAAUCCCGCCACCCUUUCCGGCUGCAUUGACGUCAUCGUGGUGAGGCAGCCCGAUGGAUCCCUGCAGUGCUCACCUUUCCACGUUCGCUUCGGCAAGAUGGGAGUCCUCCGGUCAAGAGAGAAAGUGGUGGACAUUGAGAUCAAUAGAGAACCAGUGGAUCUGCAAAUGAAGCUUGGGGACAACGGAGAAGCAUUCUUUGUGCAAGAAACAGAAAACGAUCAGGAAGUGGUUCCCUCCUACUUGGCCACCUCUCCCAUCUUGUCGGACGGGGCCGGUCUGAUGAGCUCCUCCCUGAUGGGGAAGAGCUCCGGGCCGCCCAUACAGACCCUGGGCUCCUCGGGGUGCGCGGGAGAGACAAUGAUGAAGAAGAGGAGGAAGAGGAGGAGGAAGGCCCGGGCGGACAGCGUUAGGAGGGAGGAGAGCGGGGACUACUCCGAGGAUGAAGACAUGUUCACCAUAGACAUCAGCUCAGAUGAAAUGGCUGAGAUUGAGAGCAACAGGACUUCAUCUCGGGACGUCUUAAGAGAUGAGACGACAGUCGGUUCGACCGGAGGCUCCUUCAAACAGACCGGCAUCUACACUCGUUCAGAUGGAGAGUGGAGCCCGAUUCAGAGCCCUGGAAACUCUCGUCCCACCUCUACCAAGAGUGACUCUGAACUGAUGACCAAGCCGUCAGAAGCAGACAAUCAGAAUCCAGCCAUGCACUGGGCGUGGGGCGAGCUGCCACAGGCUGCCACGCCGUCCUUCCUCCCAGUGAAAUCCGACCCUCCACCAGUUUGCCCAUUAUCCAUCCCCGUGUCUGAAAGCACACACUUCCGUGUGAUAACUCACGAGACGUCGUUGGAGCAGUGCGGACCCUGCUCGGAAAUAUCAGCACUCAGACUGCUGAUGCCAGACGAGACAAGUGAGGAGACAGUUGGGAUGGAGGCAGAAGCCAUGAGGAUGGAGUCUGAAUCCCAGACAGCUGGAGGCGUGGCAGCUCGUAUGAUGGCUGACAUGGAGGAGACAAUGUCUCGUCAGCCAGGCAAGACUGACUCUCCAUCCAAGAGAAAAGACAAGAGAAGCCGCCAUCUUGGCUCUGAUGGAAUUUACCUGGAUGACAUCACAGAGCUCGAACCUGAAGUGGCGGCACUUUAUUUCCCUAAGAGUGAUGGUGGUGCAGUAGUGAGGAGCAUCUCAGACCCGGGUCUCCACAGCACCAGUCAGUCCCCACAGUCGCUCAGCUCUGGAGGAGACAGCGGAGUGGACAGCUACUGCGACCCCAUGGCCGACAUGCCGUCCAUCGCCAUCUCUUUGUGCGGAGGACUCAACGACAACAGGGAGAUCACUAAAGAGCAGUUCCACGAGAAGAUCAUCUCUUACCAGCAGUUUUCCGAAAACCCCUCCAUCAUCGACGACCCCAACUUAGUCGUGAAAAUUGGCUCCAAAUACUAUAAUUGGAGCUCUGCGGCUCCACUUAUGCUGGCGAUGCAAGCUUUUCAGAAACCACUGCCAAAGGCUGCGGUGGAGAACAUCAUGAAGGAGAAGAUGCCCAAGAAAGGAGGAAGGUGGUGGUUCUCCUGGCGAGGCCGAAACAGCAGCACCAAAUCGGACUCCAUCUCUGAGCGUUCGGCCUGUGGUUAUACUGAGCAGGCUGGGCAAAUGUCAAGCAGACACAAAGAAGAGUCGUCCUCCAGUGAUGAAGACCACAGGGCAGCCAUGCAGAACUCUCCCAGCGUCCAAUCAGAGCCAGGGUUCACAGCAGGAGGCGUGUCUUAUAAGAAAACACUCCGGCUCACAUCAGAGCAGCUGCUGUCUCUCCAGCUGCAGGAUGGUCCUAACGAAGCUGUGUUCAGCGUGACCACUCAGUACCAGGGAACCUGCCGCUGUCAGGGCACCAUCUACCUCUGGAACUGGGACGACAAGAUCAUUAUCUCUGACAUAGAUGGAACCAUCACCAGGUCAGACACGUUGGGUCACAUCCUGCCCACACUGGGGAAAGACUGGACCCACCAGGGCAUUGCACACCUCUACCACAAAGUCAGCCAAAAUGGCUACAAGUUCCUGUACUGUUCAGCCCGAGCUAUCGGCAUGGCCGACAUGACCCGAGGUUACCUCCACUGGGUCAACGAGAGAGGCACCAUGCUCCCUAUGGGCCCCGUCCUUCUCAGCCCGAGCAGCCUCUUUUCAGCUCUUCACAGGGAGGUGAUCGAGAAGAAACCAGAGAGAUUCAAGGUGGAGUGUCUAAACGAUAUCAAGAACCUCUUCUACCCCAACACACAGCCGUUCUAUGCAGCGUUUGGCAACAGACCAACGGAUGUAUAUUCCUAUAAAGAAGUAGGAGUGCCACUGAACAGGAUUUUUACAGUGAACCCUAAAGGCGAGCUAGUGCAGGAGCACGCCAAGACCAACAUCUCAUCUUACGUGCGUCUGGGCGAGGUGGUGGACCACGUGUUCCCUCUGAUGAUGCGAGCCUCCUCCUCAGACUUCCCCUGCUCGGACACCUACAGCCACUUCACCUACUGGAGGCAGCAGCUCCCCCGGGUGGAGCAUCAGAGCACUACACCUCCACAGACUCCACAGACUCCCCAUCCCGACAGCUGACUACCUGUGGCCUGCUGACCAGAGCACUGACUGACUGAUGGUGUGAUUGUUUCAUGUGUGAUAUGUAGAUUUUUUUGUAGGAGAUGGAGCACUUUGAGUGCACAGCAGAUAGCAACUUAAAGGUCCCGUAUUGUAAAAAGUUAGAUCUUCAUGUCUUUUAUAUGAUAAAGCAGGUUUAAGUGCUAUAUAAAUACUGUGAAAGUAUCGAAACGCUCAAUCUACGGAGAAAAACACACAGCCUGUAUUCGAAAAGUGUCCUUUAAAUGAGCCGUCAGGAUUUCCGUAACUUUGUGAUGUCACAACUGUACAACAUUUCACAGUUGUAAACAUAAACAUUCUAAAUAUGUCCAAAUUUAUUUCCGGUUGCAGUGUAUGUGAAUGACAUCAACUGACAGGAAGUAAACAAGGACUCAAGCUGUU